AUGGUUUGGAAUGAUACUUUGCACAGCAUACAACCAGAGUCAGCUUCAUCUACAAUCCUCAACAAUGGCGUUUACCAGCCUUCCACCAAAACCGUACUCCCGGAGGACGGUGUUUACCAGCCUUCCACAAGAACUGCACUCCCGGAUGACGGCCUCUAUCAUCCAAUGAGAUAUGCCGGUGGACAGAAUCAACCUAUUGUGCCGAACACCGUUGCUCUUCAAUUGGACACACAAACGAAGGCAGCUACAAAAUCACCUUCAACUUUGAAUGGUCUUCCCGAAGUUCCAUUGCCACUAGCGACUGCCCAGUCUGUCAUCAUCGCUCUGCCUUCCAUCCAGCAGAAUACACUCAACAGAGCAAGUCAGCCCACUUUUGCUCCAACCGCAAGUGAAGAUGCAAAGAUUCCAGAAAGAACAGCGACUCUUCUACCGAUUCCAGUCAAGGCAGAAAUAUUGGACAAACCAGACAAAUCAGACAAAUCACACGUCUAUGCUAUACUCAGCGUGCUGGCAGUUACCUUUCUCAUCGCAGUUUGUGUUCUCGCCUGGCUGCGCAAGCAGAAAAAGAAGAGGGAAGCAAUUCUUCUAAGGUUUCACAAUCAAGACAAACCGUCAUUGGAUACUUCCAGUGUACAUAGCGGGCAACUCAAAACAUUACUGUCAAGGAUGAAGAGCAGAGGUGCUGCAUCCGUCGAGACAGUCAUCAGAUCAGCGCGAAAAGAACACAGCGGCGAUGUUGGAACAUGGCCUAUGAAUUGGUGGACGGAAGAAUCCAAGGAAACCCCGAAAUCUCGCAAUGCGCAUCCACAUACGAGCUACAGAGGCUUCGAUCGCCGGCUCCUGAAAGACUUGAUUUUGCAAGCCAAAAGGACCAGUGUGGCCAUGUUUUACGCCCUUUCCGGCAUACUCAGGCAGCGAGAACCCCCAAAGGCUAAUCCGCGACCCCGUCAAUCACGGACAAGUGAUGUUUGGUCAGCGACUAUCAACAGCAGUGCUGAAACGAUUUUCUCCGGCCUCCUCCACAGCCCCAUCCUCGUGACGGACGUCUCUCACUCCGUUUGCAAAUGCAUCCAAGAACCUGCACCGGCAGUGCUUCCAAUGCAACAAUGCUUAGAACCUCUCUGUCUGAGCGAAGUCCUCUCCACGACCGAUGAAAAGGUGGAUCAGUUGAGUGACUGCAAUGAAAGUUCUUGCACUGUUAGCAGGGUGUCUACUACAUCAACAAGAUCGGGGCCUAAGCAGCCGACAAACAACGUGUAUCAGGAUCUCAGACCCAAGUUGUCCAGCGUCAGCCUGUUCCGGAAGGAUGUAUAUCAAGUUCAAAUGAACUAUGAAGCCCGAAACGAGAGCCAAUUGAGCCUUUGUGAGGGCCAAAAUGUUCUCAUCACUCAAAUCCUUGAUGAUGGUUGGGCAUACUGUCAGAUAAUCGGAAGCAAGAAAGAGGGACUUGCCCCCCGCAAUCUGCGCCAUGAAGCCUCCCCUUCCAUCUCCGACAGUCGCGAGCGCAUCCUGUCCCCAAGAGUCACAAAUGAGUUUCUGCAAGCGGUCGCGAGAUCCGAAGACAAUCGCGCCAAGAUCCAAGGCGCACAAGCAACGCCGCCUCAUGGGCUGCCAAGUACCCAACCCUCUUCCCGACCCAGUCAAACCUAUACCACCCAAUGCACGGGUCUUUCACCGACCCAGGCUCACGUCGACGGACGCAUAGCACCAACACCUCAUGUACUACCAGUCAUGUGGCCAGGAGAGCUAGUCCACCGGUCAGUCAGGGAAAGUGAGCUUUUGCAGCACAAAGCUACAUCACAGAAUGAAGAGGUCCUGUUAAGUUCCAAGAAUAUCAUGGUAUCGCUUGGCAACGCAAGCCUGCUUCGUCGGUACUACGAAAAGGUUUUCGAUAAUUUACAGCAGACCAAUUGCAGAAUCCUUGCAAAGGUGUAUGUCAGACUUGUCGAACCGCGCAAACAAGUCAAAUAUCCUUACAAUGGACGAAAGACUGUGUCGGGAAUAACAAAGCAGUGGAGUCCCGAUGAGACCAAGCCGCCAUGGUGGCCGUCAGAUGUGAGGCAUCGAGAACCAGAUCAUCUCCAUAAAGUUGAGCGAAUCGAACUUCUCGUCCAUAUCCUUUGCGAACUACGCGCCAGCCACGGAGUCACAGCGCGGAGACUGAGAGCGGCAGAUGAGACCAUCCGGCGGCAGAUCUCUCCAACCGAUCGGGUAAAUCUACUGGAUGAACUAUACUACGUCAGAGAGAAGGAAGAAAAAUUACUAGAUGGUCUUCUGGCCUAG